GCUUAGAAACGCCGUGAGAAAACACACUUGUCACUGUGUCUCGGAAGCGCAGUCAUUCAGCCACGGCUGGGUUGAGUCUACAACGUUCUCAUGCUCACUUUUAAGCCCGGCCCCCCGGUCGAGAGGAGGAAGGUUCCUGUGUUACACAGCGUUACACUCGUUUAUUCUAAUAUUAGCUCCCAGAGAGAGAGAGAGAGAGAGAGAGAGAGAGAGAGAGAGAGAUGGCUGAAGUCGCUCCCGCUCCCGCCGCUGCGCCGGCCAAAGCGCCCAAGAAGAAGGCAGCUUCAAGGACCAGGCAAACAGGCCCUAGCGUCGGCGAGCUCAUCGUCAAAGCGGUUUCCUCGUCCAAGGAGAGAAGCGGCGUGUCUCUUGCCGCCCUGAAAAAAGCUUUGGCUGCCGGCGGAUACGACGUGGAGAAGAACAACUCUCGCGUCAAGCUCGCCGUCAAGGGCCUCGUUACUAAAGGCACUCUGGUGCAGACCAAAGGGACCGGCGCGUCUGGAUCUUUCAAGCUGAACAAGAAGCAGACCGAAGUGAAGAAGCCCGCAAAGAAAGCCGCGCCCAAAGCGACAAAGGCGGUCGCCAAAAAGCCCGCCGCGGCUAAGAAGCCCAAGAAAGUAGCGGCCAAGAAACCCGCAGCCAAGAAGUCUCCCAAGAAGACAAAGAAGCCCGUCGCUGCCGUCAAGAAAGCCACCAAAAGCCCCAAGAAGGCCAAAAAGCCGGCGACUCCCAAGAAAGCAGCCAAGAGCCCCAAGAGGGCCAAAAAGCUGGCGACCCCCAAGAAGGUAAAGGCUGUAAAGCCCAAAGCAGCGAAGGCCAAAAAGGCUCCCAAGAAGAAGUAAACGUGUUUCUUAUGUUUUUUUUUACUCCUCAAAUGGCUCUUUUAAGAGCCACCCAUGUUUUCCCUUAAAGAGCUGUUUCCUAUUCUGAUAA